AUGACCCCACGAGAGCAGCUGAGGAAGAUGACAGCGUUGGGAGAGCAGGGGGCUUUGGAUGAGAAGCACUGGUACCGUCUGGUUAAUGGCAUGUCAGCUGGAGGUGAGAAGUGGAAACACAGCAUGGAUGGAGCCGCAACACAACAGAAAACCUCCAAAUAUACAAUUGUUGUAUUAUUAAAUGUGUCAAACAUAGAAAACUUAGACUUGAGAAUUUUAUAGAAAUGAAAAUUUUAUGCCACAUUCCUCCUCACAUCCUCUAAAUUGACUGAAUUCGGGUCCAAUCUGGAGCCCCACAAAGGUUGAAGCAUUUUUGUGACCUUGUCUUGCGUGUAUUGAUUCCUGAGAAUUGCCUCCGGCUUUCACAGUCAGUACAUGUCUCAGGUAUUGAGGCUAAACUUACUUCCUUGUGACCUUUGGUGCCUUUUCUUCCCAUUUCUUGCAGAGCUGAGGCAGAGGCAGGAAAUGAUAAUGAGAAACCAGAUGGCCAUGGCUCCGCAGAUCCUCACCCAGGGGCAGCAGAGGUUGCAAGGGGUCCCAGCACAGUUUGAACCUCGCUUCAUGGAAAGGUCUGUACCGGGUUCAGUCUUAAAAAUGAAGCUCUUGUCUCGGAGGAAUAAAAGAAGCAGGAGACAGUCUUACAACAGCUGUUCGUGAUAUUAGGAGCAAAUCGGCACAUUUUUCAACACUUGAAUAGCUCAUUUUUUCUGUUUUUGUACUCUCAGGGAGCUCGUCCCCCCCACUGAAAUGGUAGCCUCUGAGGCCAGACAGAUGCACAUGGGACCUCAUCUCGGUCCACCUCUACCUCCACAUGCCAACGUCCUGCCUGGGAGAGCGUUCCCAGGAGCAGGUGAGCAUUGUCGAGAGCAUGUCCGAGCCUGAGAGAAUUCCCGGCCUGUGUUGAGGAAUGUGAAGCAGCUCUAACAGCCUGCCUCUCUUUGUCUCUUUUCUUUCCUUCUCUCAGCUGGCUAUGGCUUCUUGCCCUCCGAGCCCAUGGAAACAGUUGCCCGGCGACAGGAGCUCAUUCACAAGCAAAAUAUAGCCAGGUAGUUUGUGUGGGAAUUUUGCACAGAUCCACUUCAUAUAAAUAAAGCUGUGUCAUUUAAAGUGCUCUUGUUGUUAACUUGAUUCCUCUGUGCUUUAAGGGUUGGUUCGGUUACUUUAAAGUUGAGCAGUAUAAACUACUUAUCAAAUCUACAAGGCAAAUAUCAGUAAAGGGACAAGAGGUACCCUUCUGUCAACAGGGGGCGACAAAACUGACACGAACCAAAAGUUACUCACAGGAGCUUUAACAAAUGAAGUUAAGAUGAGUCAAAUAUUUGUUUGUGUUUCUGUUCAGAAUGGAGAUGAACGCCAUCUUGCACCAAAAAGAGUUGGAGAACGCCCACCAGAAGGGACUCAUGGGAAUUGAAAACCCCAUGGCGUACCCGUCAAACCCCAUGGCAUUCAGAAGUCGUCAGCGCCUGCCAGACGGCCAUGAUGUCUUUGUCCACCGCCCCACCUUGGAUGAGCUUCACUCCAACAGUCUCCUCAUGUCAGCCAGCCCAUACCCACCAAUCAGCACGCUGCACAGAGAGCGUGGGCGCAGGGCGGGCCGGAGGCCGACCGCUCACAAGACCUCAGAGAGCCACGCGGCCAACCUGAAGGGCCAAACUGAGGACAAAAGUGUGGAGCAGAGUCCAGGAGCCACAUCAGGGGAGGAGAAAGAGGUGGAGGCAAAGGGGGACAUGGGAGAGGAUUGUGCCACUAACAAGACGCACCAUCAGGCCAAAAUAGACUCUGAGCUCAGCACAGGAAGCAGGAAAAACUACAAAGAGGGGGAAUCCAGCCUGCGCAAAACCUGUGGAAACAGUCAAGAUGGCUGCUCAGAUGUGACCAACAGCAACACGAAUGAUAAAGACAUAACCAGUCAGUGUUCGGCCUUCCAGGAGAAAUUCAUGUAUCCCUCUGCUGGUGGAGCACUCACAGGCAUGCCUUACAUGUUUCCAGUCCCAGGAAAUGGUUUCCUUCCACCUGGUGGGUCCUAAAGAGAUAAAAGAAAUAAGUAAUUACUUUUUACCGCUUUGGCUCAGAAGUAAUAAACAAUCUGUCAUGUGUUCUUCAGGUCCAGCCAAUCUCUUUCUUAAUGGUGAUGAGGUGCCUGAAGACAUAAGGAAGUGGACUGUGAAUGAUGUUUAUAACUUCGUCAACAGUAUACCCACCUGUUCAGAAUACGCUCAGGUUUGUAAUCUUAAAAUUUCCUCUGUUUUCUUUCUAUUUAGUCUUUUUUUUUAUGCAUAACAUUGCAUGGUUUCACUCUACAGACGUUCAAAGACCACAUGAUUGACGGGGAGACACUGCCACUCCUAUCAGAGGAGCAUCUGCUGGACACACUGGGGCUCAAGCUGGGACCUGCUCUCAAGAUCCGCUCACAGGUGGGGAACAGUCACUGACUGUGAAACUGUGAAAUUACAAAAAUCAGACUUGAUUAUUGGAUGUAAAAGGGCAUUUUUACCUGUUACCAAUAAACAGAAGUUGACUGAGAACCAAUGUUGAUUGUUUUGUAUUUUACAGGUUGUUGAUUCCGACUAUAUGUCAACUGUCCCUUUCCCCUACAGGUGUCCAGGCGACUGGGUAACAUGUUGUACAUGAUGAACCUGCCGAUCCCCACCCCCGCCCUGCAGACCACUCCAGAGAAGACCGGGGACCGCUCGUCAGAGAUUGGCUCUCCUGUCAACUGCAACAGUGAGGAAAUGAUAGCGAGUCCCAGAGAGCCUGAUGUCCUCAAGACUUCAGAGCACCUUCAAGAGACAGAAAACAACACCUCCCCUCCAUCUGCCAGCAGUGAGACGGCCUAA